AAAAGCGAUGGGCUCAAUAAAUUAAAGGGAGAAGAUAAAGCGGUAAUUAAUAAAUCAUAAUCAUUAAACAUUUUUUUUUUCAAAAAAAUGAAAUUAAAUAAAUACCCAAACAUUGUCUUGUCGUUACUCUCUCUUCCGGGCAGCCCAAGCCCACGAUCUUUUUAGUGUUUAUGCUGAGAAGGACUUUGCCCGUCUUGCCCGAUACCUGACUGAGAAAUUACGGGCAGUCAGUCACCCACGCCACACCAGUUCUCUCUCUCGGACUCUCUCCUCCCCUCUCUCUCUCUCUCUCUCUCUCUAUUUGUCUUUCUCUCUCUCUCCGUGAUAUUUUUCUAUAACUUGGUGUCUCUGUGUCUCUACGAUCACGAUCCAACGGUCCAAAAUGAACGGAGCUCCUCACGCUUAUUUCUCCAGAUUUUAGAGCCCUAAACCUCCAGAUCUGUUCUCUCUGUGCUCAGAUCUUCAUUUCCGGUUUUAAUAUUUGUUUUUCUGUUUUUGACGCACGCAAAUCAAAUGGAGGCCAACUACGGUCCAGUGACAGUUACGCCAUGUAACGGUGCACUAACGUGCGCCGGCGAGGCAGUAGCUAGUUUGCUAGUUUCGGCAUUGGUCAAAUCCCAGCUAUCAGCUCAGGAUCCAAUUGAAUUCCUGAUGACUAACAAACCUAGAAUGAAAGGAGAUGACACACAAGGCCAUGCCAAGCCAGUUGAUGCAGGUGGAGAUGACCCCAACGGAGACGAUGACGAUGACGAUGAUGAAGGAGAUGGUGGAUUUGGAGAAGGGGAAGAGGAACUAUCAUCUGAUGAUGGAGGGGACAAUGGCAAAAACACCAAUAACAACAAGAGCAACUCGAAGAAGGGUCCAGAUGGUGGAGCAGGUGGUCCUGAAGAGAAUGGAGAAGAGGAAGAAGAUGAUGAUGAAGAAGACGGUGAAGGUGAAGAUCAAGACGACGAUGACGAUGAUGACGACGACGAUGACGACGAUGAUGAUGGUGGGGAGGAAGAGGAGGAAGAUGCUGAGGAAGUAGAGGAUGAUGAAGGAGAAGAGGAUGAAGAUGAGGAAGCCCUCCAGCCACCAAAGAAGAGGAAGAAGUGAAAGUAGAGUAACAGUAGAAAGGCUCCUCAGCUCAUACUGUUUUCUGUGACUUUGUUACCUAACUUUGAUGCAUCUACUGAGCUUAUGAGGCAGGCCUAUUUAGGAACAAUGUUAUUAUGCAUAAUUAUGUUAUUUUCGUUGCAUGAUUAGAGUACUCUAGAACUGUGAGCAGUGAGCUUCGGCGAAUGAUUAAUUUGGGAAAAGAAAUUGUGGUGAUUAAUGAUCUUUAGCAACAUUUAAUCAGAUCUUACUCGUAGAAUUAACAUUUUAUUGUUUUGAGAA